UAAAGAGGGGAGCCCCUUAAUGGCUAGUUGUGUUCUGGAGGGGCCGCCUCCCACUCCAAAUGGCCUGCAGGGAUCUGGAUUCGAAUCCAUCCUUUGGCCAUUGGCCACGCCCCUUGACCUCGGAGAAGGCCCCGCCCCCGGAAGAGGAUGCGUCCUUCUCCGCUUGAAACCGGAAGCAGCGCUGGAGCCGCGAGUGGAAGGGACAGUCCUGUGCUCUGGGUGUUUAAUUUCUCCUCGCAGAAUAGAAAUAUCAAGCAGAGCCCCCGAAGUGGAUUCCCAUCAGACUUUGCUCUAGAUUCAAAAGACGGACAAGGCCUUGGUCAGCGGAGUGACGUCCUCUUCUCUGCAGCGGGAAGCGCGGUGUCCUUAUUGCUGCGUCUUCGUCCGAAAUGGCCAGCUUAAUCAACAAAGACUCUUACUUGCAACAGCUGGCUAAGAAAAUUUGCACCCAGGAAGCCCACCCUCCGCAAAAAAGGAAAUUUGGAGGCAGUUUGGGUGAUGAUGGCUCCCAGCCAAAGAAGAAGAAGAAAAAGAAGAAGCAGCUGCAGCAGUACAGGAAGCCUGGUGAGAAGAAGGGAACCCCACCUGGAAAGCAAAUGGCUCCUGAGGUCAGGAGAGUGUCCUCCACCAGGCCAACACAACCAGCCAUUAAGAAAUCAGAAUCCAGCAACAGCAGAUCAGCUGCUGAUGAUGCAGGGAAAGAGAAUGGUGUCCCAGGCACUCAGACUGCAUCCAGCUCCUUUUCUGCAAUGAACCUCUUACGGCAGAGGCUGCAUGAGAAGAUCCGAGAAGUUUCUGGCCAGGGAAGUUCCAAAGAAUUGUCACCAGCUGUGCUGGAGAAGAGACAGCGAAGGAAAUAUGAGAGGGAAAGAAAGAAACGCAGAAGAAAAGAGCUGAAGAUGAAGGAGAAAAUGGAGAAGAAGGAAACUGAGGAGCCUGUUUUGGAGACCCAGGCCCAAAAGAAUGACAACAAGGCCGAAAUUGUCUUUAACAAGGUCAAAGUCCAUGAGGAAGAGGAGCUGAGCAAAGCAGAGAAGCGGAAAGAAAAGAGGAAGACUCUGAAGGGCAACAUAACACCUCUGACAGGGAAGAAUUACAAGCAGCUUCUCAGCAGGCUUGAGGCACGGAAGACCAAGUUGGAAGAGCUGAAGGACAAAGACAGUGAGAAAGCCAAGGAACUGGAGACAAAAAUGAAGUGGACCAACGUCCUCUACAAGGCAGAAGGGAUCAAGAUCCGUGAUGAUGAGGACCGGCUGAAGGCUGCCCUCAAGCACAAGGAGAAGCGCAAGGCCCAGCGCCAGAAGCAGUGGGAGAAGCGGACUGAGCAGGUGGCAGAGAAGAUGCAGCAGCGCCAAGACAAACGUCGCAAGAACCUCCAGAAGAAGAAGGUUGCCAAGGUGGAGAAGAAGAAAGCCAAGGCCCGCAAGAAGGGCCGCAUCCUGCCUGAGGAUCUGGAGAAAGUGGGCUUUAAGUGAGCUUAAAGUGGACCAAGGGAGGGACUCUGCAUACACAUGCCUGAGGUGGACUUGGGUGGGACCCACUAGUCAAAGCAAUCUUUGUCCUGCAUUUCUGGGUUUGUGUCUCCCUUGCACAGCUCCAGGGUGGUACAUAUCAAACAGCCAGGAUGGUAUAAGGAAAUUUUAAUUGUAAAGUUUUUAAAAUGUUUUUUUUUCCUUGUGAGCUGGGAGAAAGCUGUCAUAAAAAUGAAAUAAAUGAGGAGGAGGAGGGUAAAGAGAAGAUGGUAUGAGGUUAUAGGAGUCUCCUCCUCUCCCCUGGCCCCUGCCUCAACCCAUUUCUGCUUGAGACACUUCCACCAAUGUGCUGCAGAAGACAAAUUGAACUCUGACUGCUGUGGAAUAUGUGGAUCCCCCUUUCCCAUUCUUUCUGAUGUCAAAAUCACUUGCUACUGGUUGGUUAUUUUUAAGCAGGCACUGCACCAGGCCCCGUGAGCAAGACGUUUGACAAAGGGAAAGGCACAAGGAUUACCUUACAAAAACUGGCAAUAAAGUUUUCUUAUUUAAAGAAAA